UUGUCAAGUGCUUCGUCCCAUCGGAAACAUCAAAUCGUUAACAAAAAUGUUUUGCAAGAUCGCCGUUACCCUCGCUGUUCUGGCAUGUGCCAGUGCAGGAUAUUUGGAACCAGCUGCCUCCUACGCGGCUGCUCCUUUGGCUUACAGCUCAUACUCCGCACCAGCUCUGUCAUAUGGAUACGGACAUUUGAACUCUGCCCGUCAGGUGGCCUACAGUGGACCAGUUUCCCAUAGCUAUGCCGCUCCAGCUCUGUCAUACGCUGCUCCAGUUUCGCACUCCUACUCCGCUGCUCCAACCGUGUCCUACAGCAACUAUGGAUACGCAGCUCCUUACUCUACCGCUAAAACCAUUGCCGUUGCUCAGCCAACCCUGAACUACGCUCCAUCCAUCUCCUAUGCUCGUAGCUAUAGUCCAGCUCUCUCCUACAAUAACCUCGGAUACUCGUCGUACGCUGCCCCAUUGACCGCCACCAAGACCAUCGCUGUAGCUCAACCUGUUGCCGUUGCUCAUACUGCCCCACUUGUGGCCUCCCACUCGGCUCUGGCAUACGCACCAGCUCAUGCCCAGUUGGCCACCAAGACCGUCGCCGUUGCUCAGCCAUCUUAUGUAGCUCAUGCCCCAGCUCUGAACUAUGCCCCAGCGCUGUCCUACGGCGCACCACUGGCUAGCAAAAGCUACGCUGCUCCAGCUCUUGCCUACAACAACCUUGGGUACUCCUCGUACGCCGCCCCAUUGGCCGCCAAGACCAUCGCCGUGGCUCAACCACUCGCCGUCGCCCACUCCGCUCCACUGUUGGCUUCCCACUCGGGUCUGACCUACGCUCCAGCUCAUGCUUCCGGCUACGCCGGUAACUACAUGUCCUACAAGAGCCCGGUGGUUGCAUAUCAGUACUAAGUGAUCCCUUCGAUGCUAUGCUGCUAUAUGUUUGUGUUACCUUACUUGUUACUGUGUGAUAUAACAUAGAAAACUGUUAAACGAUAGACAGAUGAACGCUGUUCUGUCGAAUAAAGGAAUUGUGAUACAUAA